AGAUGAUGAUAUGGAGGCACUGCCGGAUGGAUUGGAUGAACGCAGUUUUGAAGAAUGCCUCAAGUACUGGGCGAUUAAGACCAACCAGACGCACAGGGCAAUCAACAUGCUUUUGGCGAUUAUGCGGAAAAAGGUGUCCUCCGUCUCCCUUCCACGUUCUGCGAAGUCUUUGCUAAAGACUUCACGGAAAGCAACUUCAAAAAUAGUGGAGAUAGGAGAAACAAAAUAUUGGUACAAUGGCAUCAAAAAUAGUCUGCUGCAUGUUUUACGAAGUCGACCAAGCCUAUACUUGGUCAAAUUGAAUAUCAACAUCGACGGAAUGAAAGUGUUCAACGCCAGUACCAUUAACUUUUGGUCAGUGUUGAUAAAUAUUCACGGGCACCCAGCGAUAAAUCCCAUGCCAGUAGCUAUCUUCAGUGCUGAGAAAAAACCGGCAUGCUUGAUUACCUUUCUCACACCGCUUGUGGAAGAGCUGAAGGAUCUUAUAACGAACGGUUUACUGACGAACGAGCACAUCGUAGAUGUAUCAGUUCGCGCUUUCAUUUGUGAUUCUCCAGCACGGGCCUUCAUAAAGGGUGUCAUGAAUUUCAACGCCAAACACGGAUGUUUGAAAUGCGAGGCUGAAGGUUUCUUUGAAGCCAACACAACAGUGUUUCCUACUGUGGAAGGCGUAAGAAGGACAGAUGCCAAAUUCCGUCAAGGAGAAUACAUCGACCACUGCAAGUUUGCAACGCCUCUGCUGGAAAUACCCAACUUUGAUAUAGUGGAAGAUGUGAUUGUUGCAGAUCGGCUCCAUUUGAUCGACUUGGGAAUUAUGAAACGGCUUUUAUCAGGGUGGAAAGAUGGAACUUUGGGUUUCAACGCGAAGUUGACUGCUCAACAAGUUAAUGAAGUAUCCGAGAAACUAAAACAAAUUAUUCUUCCCAGUGAGAUACACAGAAAACAACGAAGCUUGCUUAGUUUAGCAUACUGGAAAGGAAGUGAACUAAGCAGCUUCUUACAUUAUAGCAGUUUAGUUUCGCUUGAGGAGCAUGUUUCGAAAGACGUCUUCCAACACUUCUUACUUCUAUUCUGUUCGGUAACGUUAUUUUCUAGCGAAUACUAUAAGAAAUAUUGGUCAACUGCCAAAAGCAUGCUGGAGGAAUUUGUUAGGCAAUAUGAACAUGUGUACGGAAGGCGUUAUAUUACCAGCAAUGUACACAACCUUCUCCAUGUUAGUCACGAAGUUGAUCGUUUUGGGCCAUUGAGUAGCCUCACAGCAUAUCCUUUUGAAAACCAGCUGGGAAAUUUAAAGAGGUUAAUACGCCACGGUUAUAACAUAUUGGAGCAAGCCGUCAACAGACUGUCAGAGAUAGAAGAAGCUGGGUAUGAGCAUAAAUUACACCAACACUAUCCAAUGAUGAAAAUGUGCGCUAAUCGAAAGCAAUUGUUCAUCGAUGACAAUUUCAUUCUGGACUGCACCAGAAAAGAUUCAUUUUUUUUAACUAAAAGUAACCAAAUCGUUAAAAUAUGUGACAUAAAACAAAUUCAAGGUUCCCAUUUCGAAAUAUUUGGCAAUGAAUAUGUUUCAAAAUCAAAUCGCUUUACACAGCCAAUCGUUUCCUCGGUAAUCAAUAUUUAUGUAGUUGAAAAAAAUAGUUUAUCUAAUGUGACAAGUCAAUUCAAUAUUGAGGCUAUUAAAUGUAAACUAGCUGCUUUAGAUUAUAAGAAUGCUAGUUAUGUAAUGAUACCAAUAAUACAUACAUUAAGAGAGUGA